AUGAAGGCGCCACCGUCGACCCACCUCCGGCGAGCGCCUCCGCCGGCCGCUGUCCCAAUCAAGCGGAGGAAGCUGAAGCCACCGCCGCCGCCGGCCGCCUCUCCCUGCUCCACCCCCCCCCCGCCGCCGUCUCCGCUCCUCGCCGGAAAAGCUGAUCCCUCCGCCCCCUGGGAAUCCCCCACCAGAUCCCCAACAACCAGGAGAUCCCUUGCCGCCUCCUUCUGCUCCUCCUCCUCCGCGGCAUCGCCGCCGGUGGGAGACGGCAGAUGGGAGCCCCUCGGCAUUCCUCGGUCGGAGCUGUCCCUCUCCCUCACUCUGCCGACCGGCCAGACCUUCCGGUGGAGGAAGACUGGACCAGACCAGUUCACCGGCGUCGUCGGUCCCCAUCUCCUCUCCCUCCGGCACGACGCCGGCGAUGAGCAGGGCGGCGUCGCCUUCCUCCUCCACUGCGGCGGCGGCGGCGGCGCCAACGCGGCGGAUCCCGCCCGCGCCGCGCUGCGCGACUACCUCAACCUCGGCGUGUCGCUAGCCGGCAUGUGGCGGAGCUUCGCCUCCGCCGACGCCCGCUUCGCCGAGCUGGCGCGGCGUCUGGCCGGCGGGGUGCGCGUCCUCCGGCAGGAUCCCGUGGAGUGCCUCUUCCAGUUCCUCUGCUCCUCCAAUAACAACAUCGCGAGGAUCGAGCGGAUGGUGGCGGCCGUCUCCGCCUUCGGCGAGCAUCUGGGGACCGUCGAGGGCGUUGACUUCCACCGUUUCCCCUCCAUCGAUCGCCUCGCCGAAGUCUCCGAGGAGCAGCUCCGCAAGGCCGGAUUUGGCUACAGGUCGGUCAUCUUCUGCCUCUCCUUUAGCAGAUGUCGGAUUCUUUCCGUCGGUGAGGGCCUGAUCGAUCAUCAUCUCGGUUGACAUCGACCCAGAAAUCCCAAAAGUUCAAACGCUCCGAUCGCGUGUCUUCUGUGCGUUGACUUUCGUCCGUUCUUGGGAUUGACGAGCAGAGCUAAGUUCAUCGUCAACACGGUGAAGGCCCUGCGAGCGAAGCCCGGGGGAGGCGCGGAGUGGCUCCAUUCCCUGCGCGGCUUGGAGCUCACGACGGUGACAGAGGCUCUUUGUACCUUGCCCGGCGUCGGCCCGAAGGUGGCGGCCUGCGUCGCCCUCUUCUCCCUCGAUCAGCACCACGCCAUUCCCGUGGAUACCCACGUCUGGCAGGUCCGCCCUCUCCUCCCCUCUACAUCCACCACCUACUUUUAGAGAGAGAAAGAGAAAGAAAGAGGGAGAUGGUAAUUGAUUGAUCGAUUGAUGGAUUAACUGACUACUUUCUGGUGCAGAUUGCGACGAGGGAAUUAACUCCUGAGUUUGCUGGGUGCCGGCUCUCGCCGAAGCACUUCGGCAGGGUCUCGGAGGCCUUCGUGGACAGGUUCGGGAGGUACGCCGGCUGGGCCCAGACAGCCCUGUUCGUCGGCGAAUUGCCCCCUCAGAAGGCGCUGCUGCCGCCACCGCCGGCUAACGUGAAGAAGGCGACGAAGCCCCGAAAGGAGAAACUCGAGAGAGGACGGCGGCCGGAAUCUCCGUCCUCUCCGGGAAGCUGGUGA